CUAGGAAGCGCUACAGUUAGUAGUGUUAGCAAAACUGCAACGCUAACAGGCGAAGGACGAGCUGAGAAAUACAGUUUUUACAUAUUCUGCUUCGUUUUAAAUACUACGAGGAUUAUAUUUUUAUAUUCAGCUAUGCCUGGGGACAGUGUCGACAAGGAAAACAUGAUAACAUGCACAGCUCCUGUGAAUAUAGCUGUGAUCAAAUACUGGGGGAAAAGAAAUGAAGACUUAAUCCUACCCAUCAACUCCUCUUUGAGUGUCACACUACAUCAAGACCAGCUGAAAACAACCACAACAGUUGCAACCAGCAGAUCAUUUCAGGAGGAUCGGAUAUGGCUAAAUGGCAAAGAGGAGGAUAUUAGCCAUCCAAGACUGCAGUCAUGUCUUAGAGAGAUUCGACGACUGGCAAGGAAGAGACGUAAUAAUGCAGGCCCUGGGUUUGAUGCCACUGCUUUGUCUCAUAAAGUUCACAUCUGCUCCAUCAACAAUUUUCCCACAGCUGCUGGACUCGCCUCCUCAGCUGCUGGCUUUGCUUGUUUGGUUUACACACUGGCUCGGGUGUUUGGUGUAGAAGGAGAGUUGUCUGGAAUUGCUCGACAAGGCUCAGGCAGUGCAUGUCGGAGUAUGUAUGGGGGAUUUGUGCAGUGGAUCAUGGGACAACAAGAAGAUGGCAAGGAUAGUCUUGCCCAGCAGGUGGAGCCAGAGUCUCAUUGGCCUGAGCUCAGAAUCCUUGUACUGGUGGCCAGUGCUGAGAGAAAACCUGUAGGCAGCACCUCUGGGAUGCAAACCAGUGUACAAACCAGCAGUCUGUUAAAGCAUCGAGCCGAGUCUGUAGUCCCUGGCAGGAUGGUAGAGAUGACUGAAGCAGUGCGCAGAAAAGACUUUGCUGCAUUCGCUGAACUAACAAUGAAGGACAGUAACCAGUUCCAUGCCACCUGCCUUGACACGUACCCCCCCAUAUUCUACCUCAACAAUGUGUCUCAUCGAAUCAUCAGUAUGGUUCAUCGGUAUAACAGGCACUAUGGGGAGACGAGGGUGGCCUACACUUUUGAUGCUGGUCCCAAUGCUGUGAUCUUCACUCUGCAGCAGCACAUUCCUGAGUUUGUCCAGAUGGUUCAAUAUUUCUUUCCUCCAGAGAUCAACGGAGGGCAGUUUAUUAAGGGUCUUUCAGUUGACCAAGCACCUCUUUCUGAGGAGCUGAAGCAGGCUGUCGGUUUAGAGCCCAUGCCAAAAGGAAUCAACUACAUUAUUAGUACAAAGGCUGGACCAGGCCCCUGUGUUGUGGAGGAUCCUGCUCAGCACCUGCUUGGAUCUGAUGGACUACCCAAGAAAACUGUAUGAUGACCUGCAGACAAAAGUCCAUCGAACAAACAAUGAAUCUCAUUUGUCAGUCAUGUUAUCUGCAUAAGUCAUUUGUUCAUUGGUUAAACUGUAUGUCACAUUGUGUUUUUCAGUGUACAUUCAGUGGCUCAAAUCCUCUGUGAACAGUUGAGUUUCUUGGUGUUUAAGGAGCAGUUCUAACACUCUGAUGAUUGGUUUGAUUUCAGACUUCUCUGCCUUCUUCAGUUUAUUUUGGAAAUGUCAAUAUUGUUCAGUAAAAUAAAAUAUAUUUUAAGUA